AUGAGUUCAACCGAGGCUCGCCAACGCAAACCUCCCACCAAAGAAGCGACCGAGCUUCAAAAACAGUCCACCAAGCCGCCCACAGAGCCUGGUUUGAAACAUGGAAUCGCGAUGCAAAUACUUCGAUCCAUGGCAUUGGCAACAUGGUUCAAUAGCUGUAUGGUCCUCAUCUUCAUAACCCAGCUUGUUGGCUGUCCACUGUACCUGAUCCACAGAAGCUGGUACUACUCAUAUAUGGCGUACACAAAGCAAAACUUUGGACUAGUGAUUACCGCACUCACAGAAUGGGGCAGCCCGACGCUUUUCCGAGUUAGUGGAGAUGCCAGCGUUCGAGGUCAAGUGCAUCUGUCUGAGGAUGGCAUGUUGCAGACCGACUUCCCAGAGCGCCUGGUGAUGAUCGCCAACCACCAGAUCUACACCGACUGGAUCUACCUGUGGUGGAUUGCUUAUACCAAUGUGAUGCAUGGGCGCAUCUUUAUCAUUCUCAAGGACUCCCUCAAAUGGAUUCCCAUCAUGGGUCAGGGAAUGAUGUUCUAUGGAUUUAUCUUCCUGGCACGGAAGUGGCUUUCAGACAAGGCCCGAAUUGAGUACCGGCUGCAAAAAUUGAAGACAAAGUACAUGGGGGCCAAAUCGGACGGGUCCCAGUAUGACCCCAUGUGGUUACUGAUCUUCCCCGAAGGAACCAAUUUGUCCAUCAACACCAAGCGACGGAGCGAUGCAUUUGGGGCGAAACAGGGACUGGCUCCACUCAACCACCAAAUUCUGCCUCGGUCAACGGGUCUGUUUUUCUGUCUCCAGCAGCUCCGAGGGACAGUUGAAUGGGUUUAUGACAGCACUAUCGCCUAUGAGGGCCCACCGAAUGGAGUCUAUCCCGACAAGUUCUUUACUCUCCGCUCUACAUAUAUGCAAGGACGCCCCCCGACCUCGGUUAAUAUGCAUUGGCGACGAUUUGCUGUUUCAGAAAUUCCUUUGGAUGACCAGCCCGAAUUUGAAGAAUGGUUGCGAGCCCGAUGGACUGAGAAGGAUCAGCUGCUGGAUCAAUAUUGGGAGACGGGUCGAUUCCCAUCUGACUUGGCCGGCUCGAUCGACGCUAAGAAAGCCACUCCUGAACAGAAAGUAGCUGUCGAUGCUGGGUACGUCGAGUCAUACGUUCGACUGCAUCAUUGGAUCGAACUUGGACAAAUUUUUGCCGUACUGAUUGGUUUGGUGUUCUUGUGCAAGUUUGUGGGCAGCUGGUUGCACUGA